CGAUUACGUGUUUCAUAGCGAUGAUUUCGAGUAUGUUCAGCCAGAUGGGAAGACGAUCACCAAUCUCAGAGCAGAAGUCCGUCAUAUUGAUCACAUGAUUGGCAUAGAGGAGAAACUGCAGACCAAACCUCUAGCGGAACUUCCCGAAUACAUCCGCGCUCUCAACGCCAAUGUCGCGCAAGGCAUUGUUAAACACCAGGAGACAACCGGAAAAGGAGAUGCAGGGUCUAAGAGCAGUUCGCGGCUACUACACUUCGAUCAGACCAGGAACCGACGGAACCCUUCUGAACAUUAACCAAGUAACUUCAGCUUUCCUACCACCAAUGAGAGUCUCGGACUUCAUAGACGAGAUAGGAGCACAUGAGUUGUCGUACGUCAGCCAAUUACUACAAGGAGCCACAGUCAAAAUUCUGUACAGAAGAUCGAACUACCACGGAAGCGAUGUUGAUUAUAACUCACCCGCUGCUCGUCUCAAGACGUUCUUCCAACUCGGGAGUUACGAUGCUAGGUUGCAAAAAUUCUACGACUUGAUGGACGGCGUAAAUGGUCAGCCAAGGAAGACAAGGACUACGGACAAAGGAACCACUGUCUACGAUUACUUCACCCAAAAAGCGAUGGUACACUUCCCAACCGAUGCGGUGAAGGGCUCGACUGCGACGUACUGUGUCAAUGUCGGCAAACGUGUCAAAAUUCCGAACAGCGAUGAGACUCAGCCGAACGAUGAGAUCAUGCGACAUCAGACUGAAUGCGGUGCCCAGUGGAUACCGGCUUGUUUACUCGAAAUCAUCCCCGGCCAGAUCAUUACGACAACACUAGGCAGCAAGCAUACGAGGGAGAUGAUCAAGAAAGCCCUACGUUUGCCAGCUGGAAAUUACGACCUCAUCGAGAAAGAAGGUCUUGAAAUUAUCGGAGUAAAGACUCAGAGCGGCCAAGAGCCAUUGGCAUCUAUGGGCUUCGAAUUCGGCAAAGAGCUCAUUCAAGUGCCAGCGGUUACCCUUAAACAACCGACACUUCAUUUCGCCAACACACCUGCUCCCAAGAAGUCAAAUCUGAACACAAAGCCGAUAGCAACCGCUUCCACUAAGACUCCAGAUUUGGGCCGGUGGGACCUCAAGAACGUCGAAUUUGCAGAAACACCUGUCAAACCUGGUAAACUCCACAUGUUAGCGUUGAAAAACUGUUUUGGCACGCCCGACGUAACAUCUGACGACCCCAAAGUCGGUAAUGCCACCUUGAAGGAAGUCCACACCAAAUUCCUUGCAAAGAUCAAGGCUCAUGGUAUCAACAUGGAACAAGGAACGACAGAAUCCGAACAGUACGUUCUGAAAGGGUCUCCCAUCACCAAAGCUCCGUUCGGCGACGAAGGUGUGUUCAGAAAGCUCAUCAACUUCGCCCAUAAGUCGAAUUCUGACUGUAGCAUCAUCUUGAUACCCGAGAAGAACUACAAGCUUUACGCGUUCGCAAAGCGAGUUGCUGAUUUCAACCAGCGUCAUGUUCUGUUUGCGGUGGGCUCAAAGUUUCUACAGGAUGGCGCACAGCAAUUCAUGUCCAACCUGUCGUUAAAGAUCAACAUGAAGUUUGGCGGAGCAUCACAUCACCUUCACGCGCAAACGCUCGACAACCUCUUCGAGAAGACCGCAAAGCUUGGUCAGGCCAUCAAGAACAAGACCAUAAUUCUGGGUGCCGACAUUGGUCAUUGUGGGACUGGAGGAAAAGAUGGCAGCCCAAGCGUAGCUUGCGUGGUUGGCAGCGUCGACAACAAAUUUAUGACCUACCCUGGCUCUAUGAGACUGCAACGAGAAGGCCAGGAGAAUAUCGAAAAGGAGCACCUCAAAACGAUGAUUCAAGAGCGUCUCUGGGCAUGGAGACAAGCACACAAGCCUACAGCUUGGCCUACCCACAUGCUGUUCUACCGUGACGGCAUUUCCGAGAGUCAGUUCAAGCAAUGCAUCGACGAAGAGAUCUCCACGAUCAAAGACACUUACCGAAGUAUGUGCAAACAAGAGGUUCGGUUAACUUUUGUGGUGUGUGGGAAGCGUCAUCACACCCGGUUCUAUGCUACCGAAGAAAGCCAGACAUACCCUCUGACGGCCAACGACGACAGGCUGAACGGAAAUCUCAAACCUGGGCUUCUCGUCACCGAGAUAGUCACCAACCCCAAGCCUUUCAACUUCUUCCUCCAAUCGCACCUCGCCCUCAAAGGCACUGCUCGGUCGGCUCACUACCAUGUCCUAGAAGAUGGCAUGGAACUUGGCAAAGAGAGACUACCUCAGCUAACGAUGAUGCUCUGUUACGCCUUUGGCCGCUCCACCACUGGAGUCUCCUAUGCCGCCCCUGCAUACAUAGCGGAUAGGUUGUGCGAACGAGGUCGAGUGUAUCUCCGCGCCUGGAACCUCGAUCCUGACAUGGCACCGACGUUCGCGAUGCCAGUAGAGAAAGACAAGGAUGGCAAGAACAUACGUGUGAGUCAGGACAAGAUUGAUGAAGCCAAGAAACAAUUUGCGAAGCAAAUCUCUGAGACCCCGCCACUAUGGGGUAGCCAAUACAACACCGAGGUCACUUAUGAUAAUGACUCCUGGCUCCGAGGUCAGCAAUGGCUCAAUCCCUGGCAUCCUUCGCAUAACGAGAGGAAUGGUAUGUUCUGGAUGUGAGGGCAAAGGUCUGGCCGUUGAUGGGGAUGAUUCGGACUGAUUAUGAUCUCCUUUGUUUUGCGUUCAUUACCGGUCACGCUGCUUUCUGUUUUCGCGAUAGAUCUCCUUGUUGUUUCUCUUUCUCUUAUACUACUAGUCUUGGGCUCCAGGGCUGUCUCUCAUUUCCUGUGUUGCGCCUCGCUGUUGCUUAGUUGUGGCGUGUUCGCCUUGCUUUACAAUAGACACUCUGUCAACGACUUUGCUGAAUCGAUCAUGGGCUCUGGGAGGAAAAGCUGCUCGCGCGUUAUCGAAUUUGUUUUGGCGUCACAAGAAUGUUGUGAUGGAACGGGUCUGACGCGCGACAUCCACCCCACGUUCGCACG